AUGGCAGCCGUCGAUGUUGACAUCCGCACAGUGGACCAGCUCACUCCAUCGCGAGAAAGAGUCGAGCCUGGAUCCUUCAACAUCCCUCUCGGGUCAUUCCCACAAACAAACACCGAGAUUCCAGAGGAUCCUGACAAGAUCGCAACCGUUCUGAUCGAUCAACUGAACAGCGCUCUGGACAAGAAAGACACGAGCGCCGUGUCUGACCUGUUCAUCGAGAACAGCUACUGGCGCGACCACCUGUGUUUGUCUUGGGAUUACCGGACAGUCAAGGGACGCGGUGCAAUCGCCAAAUAUGUGACUGGAAUUUCCUCAGCCGUUAUGGCCAAGAUUGACCGCUCGUCUGCCUUGAAGGCGCCUCAUAAUGGACCCAUUGAUGGAUACGGCGAGGUCCAUGGCAUUGAGUUCUUCAUCAAGGUCACCUCCAAUUUUGGAUAUGGCCGGGGUGUAGUCAGAUUGGCCCAGAAGGGAAGCGCGUGGAAGAUUUUCACCGUCUUUACUUCCCUGGAGGGAUUGACCGGCCACGACGAGGCGGUUACUAGCAACAGACCCAUCGGGGUGCAGCAUGGCGAACAACAGGGGAGAACUAAUUGGAAGGACCGUCGUGUCGCAGACGAGAACUAUAAAGUGAAGCAGCCUUUGGUUCUAGUCGUCGGUGCCGGCCAAGGAGGUCUAAGCAUCGCAGCACGCCUGAAGAUGCUGAACGUCGACACCCUGGUAGUUGACCACGAAGAUCAAAUUGGAGAUAGCUGGCGCCAAAGAUACCACCAGCUCGUCCUCCACGACCCAGUCUGGUACGACCACAUGCCGUACAUGCCCUUCCCAUCCAGCUGGCCGAUUUUCACACCCAAAGACAAGCUCGCCGAGUUCUUCGAGUGUUACGUCAAGUUGCUCGAGCUGAAUGUCUGGACGCGCACUGAGCUGAAAUCUUCUUCCUGGGACGAGAGUAAGAAGGAGUGGACGGUCGUGGUCGAGCGCAAGAAAGAAGACGGCACCACCGAGACUCGCACCCUGCAUCCGCACCACGUCAUCCAGGCAACCGGCCACUCCGGCAAGAAGAACGCGCCAAAUUUCAAAGGAAUGGAGAACUUCAAAGGCGAUCGCAUCUGCCAUAGCUCCGAAUUCCCCGGCGCGAACCCGGAUUCGCCUGGCAAGAAAGCUAUCGUGAUCGGAUCCUGUAACUCCGGACACGACAUCGCACAGGAUUACUUUGAGAAGGGAUACGAUGUUACCAUGGUCCAGCGGAGCUCAACCUGCGUUGUGUCUUCGUCAUCAAUCACGAAUAUCGGGAUGAAAGGACUGUACGAUGAGACCGGACCGCCGACCGAGGACGCGGAUCUGUAUAUGUGGAGUAUUCCCCCCGAGCUAUUCAAGACACAGCAGAUCAAGGUUACGAAAUUGAUGAACCAGAACGACGCCAAGACCAUCGAGGGUCUGGAGAAAGCGGGCUUCAAGGUUGAUCGGGGACCCAUGGACUGCGGUCUUAUGACGAAGUACCUCCAGCGCGGCGGCGGGUAUUACAUCGACGUAGGCGCGAGCCAGUUGAUUGUCGACGGGAAGAUCAAAGUGAAGCAGGGACAGGAGAUUAGCGAAGUUCUACCGAAUGGACUUCGCUUCGCGGACGGAUCGCAGUUGGAGGCCGAUGAGAUUGUUUUUGCAACGGGGUACCAGAACAUGAGGACGCAGGCGAGACUCAUCUUCGGGGAUGAGGUUGCCGAUCGUGUGGGUAAUGUCUGGGGAUUGGACGAAGAGGGUGAGAUGCGGAAUAUCUGGCGUAGGUCCGGUCAUCCCGGGUUCUGGUUUAUGGGCGGGAACCUUGCGCUGUGCAGGUAUUAUUCGCGUCUGCUGGCGCUGCAGAUCAAGGCACUGGAAGCGGGAGUUGCGAAGUUCUAG